GAAACAGUGGGUCCGAUGCGGGCAGAGGGGCACGGCCGGCGGGAGCGGCCCCGGAGCGCGGGAAGCAGCAGGAAGAGGCGGGAUUCCUGCCUUUUGUUUCUCGGUCCUAAAGCCCAGAGCCCCGCGGCGCAGACGCCCCACCUCCCGCCCGACGCCCCCAGCGCUCCCUGCCGCGGGUCCAGGAACCGAGCGAGGGGCGGGGCGCAGCGGGCGGGCGGGGCUCCCGAGGCCACGCCCACCAGGGGGUCUUUUAAAGGUGCCGCACUCGCGCGGCUCCUCUGCGCACUCCCUCCGACUGCGCUGCCCCAGCUCUGCCCGCCGUGCGUGGUCCAGCCUCCAACUCGAGAUGCCGGUCUGGGGGUGUGGCAACAAGUGCGGGGCCUGCGGGAGGACCGUGUACCACGCGGAGGAGGUGCAGUGCGAUGGGCGGAGCUUCCACCGCUGCUGCUUUCUGUGCAUGCUCAACCUCACAGGCCGACAACAAACCCCAACACUUCUAAGUUUGCUCAGAAGUACGGAGGUGCUGAGAAGUGUUCCAGAUGUGGGGAUUCCGUGUACGCCGCUGAGAAGAUCAUCGGAGCAGGAAAGCCCUGGCACAAAAACUGCUUCCGCUGUGCCAAGUGUGGAAAGAGUCUUGAAUCAACAACUCUGACUGAGAAGGAAGGUGAAAUCUAUUGUAAAGGAUGCUAUGCAAAGAACUUUGGGCCCAAAGGAUUUGGCUAUGGCCAAGGAGCAGGAGCCCUUGUUCAUUCUCAGUAAAGGUGUAAACCCAGAACCGAGAUCACACACUGAGAAUCUCUACAUAAUCUAGGCACAGAAAAUCUAACACUAAACUACUGUGAAAUUCUACCAGCACUUAUGUACUGUAUAUUGCCCUGUACUUGGAUAGGCUGGCUGACUAGUAGGAAGAGAGCACUGUAUCCUUUUGCUUUAUUCAUCAGCAUUUUCAAGAACCGUUUCUUUUACAUUUUAAAUAAAACUUCAGCUGGA